AUGCGCGUCGUCCACGUCCUCACCACCUUCGUUGCCGCCCUGGGCCUCACCAGCGGCGCCCCUACCGAAGACGAAGCUCGCCAACAUGCCGAGCACAAGCGCCAGCUCGGCUCCAGCGCCGGAGAUCUCGGAAAGGACGCGACCUUUGACUAUGUCAUUGUCGGCGGCGGCACCGCCGGUCUCGUCCUGGCCAACCGGCUGAGCGCCAAGAGCGAUAUCACCGUCGCCGUCAUCGAGGCCGGCACGUUCUAUCAGAUCACCAACCCCAUCAUCGGCAACACGCCCGCCGGCGACACUCUGUUUGCCGGCUCCAGCCCCCUCGACACCAACCCGCUGGUGGACUGGAACUUUGUCACUCAGAGCCAGGCCGGUGCCAACAACCGCCGCAUCCACUACGCCCGCGGCAAGUGUCUUGGUGGAAGCUCUGCUCGCAACUUCAUGAUCUACCAACGCGGCACCAAGCAGUCCUACCAGAAGUGGGCGGACGCCGUCGGCGACGACAGCUACACCUGGGACGCCCUUCUCCCGCACUUCAAGAAGAGCGUCAAGUUCACGCCACCCGGCUCUUCUCGCUUCCCCAACGCCAGCGCCGAGUACAACCUCGACGCCUUCUCCCCGUCGGGAGGACCUCUCGACGUCUCGUACGCCAACUACGCCCAGCCGUUCAGCACGUACCUCGAGCCCUCUCUCAACGAGAUCGGCAUCCCGCAGGCCCAGGACUUCAACAGCGGCGAGCUGAUGGGCGCCCAGUACUGCUCCGACACCAUCCAGCCCAGCACCCAGAAGCGCGAGUCCAGCCAGACGUCCUUCCUCAGCGAGGCCAUCGGCCGCAAGAACCUGAAGGUCUACCAGCUCUCUCUCGCCAAGAAGAUCCUCUUCGACGGCAGCAAGACCGCCACGGGUAUCGUCGUCUCGUCCAACCUCGGCCUCACCACCUACACCCUCAAGGCCCGCAAGGAGGUCAUCCUGUCCGCCGGCGCCUUCCAGAGCCCCCAGCUCCUCAUGGUGUCCGGCGUCGGCCCCAAGGAGCAGCUCAACAAGUUCAAGAUCCCCAUCGUCGCCGAGCGCCCCGGUGUCGGCCAGAACAUGGAGGACCACGUCUUCUUCGGUCCCACGUGGCGCGUCAAGGUCCAGACGCUUACCCGUCUGGCCAACGACCUCAUCUACACCGCCGCCCAGUUCGCCACCACCUACUCAAUCUUCAAGCAAGGUCCUCUGACGAACCCGGUCUGCGAUUUCCUCGGCUGGGAGAAGACGCCCCGCGAGCUCAUCUCCGCCGAGGCCGCCGCGGUGCUGGAUAACGAGUUCCCCGCCGACUGGCCCGAGAUCGAGUACCUCACCGCGCCGGGCUACGUCGGCGACUUCUCCAACCUCCUCCUCACCCAGCCCCGGGACGGAUUCCAGUACGCCACCAUCCUCGGCGGCCUCGUCGCGCCGCUCUCCAGGGGCACCGUCACGCUCGCCUCGGCCGACACCAAGGACCUGCCCCUCAUCGACCCCAAGUGGCUCACCGACCCGACCGACGUCGCCGUCGCCGUCGCCACGUUCAAGCGCCUCCGCCAGGCCUUCGCCAGCAACGCCAUGCGGCCCGUCCUGGCCGACAACAAGGAGUACUUCCCCGGCGCCAAGGUCGAGACGGACGCCCAGAUCCUCCAGAACAUCCGCAACACGGUCAUGACAAUCUGGCAUGCCAGCUGCACGUGCCGCAUGGGCAAGACGGACGACCCCAUGGCCGUCGUCGACAAGGACGCCAGGGUCAUUGGUGUGAACGGUCUGCGAGUCGUCGACGCCAGCAGCUUUGCGCUGUUGCCUCCUGGCCACCCCCAGAGCACCGUCUACGUCCUGGCCGAGAAGAUCGCGGCCGAGAUUCUGAGUGGCUUGUAG